AUGUCCAACGAGGAGCUCAUCACCCUGACCUAUCAGGAUCGCAUCGCGAUCGUCACGCUCAACCGCCCCGACAAGCUCAAUGCCCUGAACGCUGGACUCUACUACACUCUCGCCGAGCGACUACGUGAAAUCGAGAAGCGAGAUGACAUCUAUAUCACCGUCGUGACAGGCACAGGCCGGUUCUUCUCCGCUGGCGCAGAUGUGAACAGCGCCCGUCCUGGUGCUGGAAAUGCCGAUAGCGGCGGCCUCGGCUCAACAGUCCGCCAAGAGCUCGUCCGCGGCUUCGUCGCCAACAACGUCGACACAACCCGCGCCUUCUACAACCACUCCAAGAUCCUCGUCGUGGCUCUCAACGGUCCCGCCGUUGGUCUUUCCGCUGCAUUAAUCGCCCACGCAGACUUCAUUUACGCAGCUCCGCACGCUUUCGUGCUUACACCCUUCUCCUCGCUCGGACUUGUCGCCGAGGGCGGAGCCAGCCGUGCCUUUGUUGAGCGAAUGGGUAUCGCGAAGGCAAACGAGGCUCUUAUCCUGAGCAAGCGGAUACCAUGUGAGGAUCUUGUGAGGACCGGCUUCGUUAAUAAGGUCAUCAAGGCGGAUUCGGGCAAGACAGAUGAUUCUGCGGGAUUCCUGAAGAAUGUCCUUGUGGAGGUUGAGGAUUCAAUGGGUACUCAUUUGAACCAGUCGAGUAUGGUGAAGAUUAAGGAGCUUGUUAGGCGGCCUGAGCGGGAGAUUCUGGAUCGUCAGAAUGGGCUUGAGGCUUUCAUGGGAUUGGAGCGCUUCUUGAGUGGAAUUCCCCAGGAGGAGUUCCGGAAGUUGGCUUCUGGAGAGAAGAGGCAUAAGCUUUAG